UAUUAAGUAGUCCUAACAAAGAUUUAGUCAUAAGUAAUGAUAAUAGCAACCCUGUUAAUUCUUGGUAUUAUGAAGCAUCAAUUAAUAUUACUUACAUUAAAGUUGUUGAUACCAAUACGAUUACUAUUAAUCUCAA